AUUUUCUUUUGUCAUUCUUACAGAUACCGCCGCGGAUGGCGCACGUCGCCAAUCGUUUCAAAAAAACAUUUUUUUGUGUUCCGACAUACAAAUAGUCGUUUUUUAUAGAGAUCUGAGAAAAUUCCUUUUAAAAUGAUCGCGGCCCUCUGCACAUUUCUGGCUUUGGUAGCAGUAUCAUUCGAGCAGGACACACGGGACUCGACCCCCAUAUCGCCAUGUCCAAACGUGUUCAUGUAUGAACCACCAGGUUCAGAACAGGGAAGGUGGUAUGGCGUCGUGAACCUGUCCACUGACAGCACUCUGCACUCCCUAUGGCUGAAUAUUGUGCUUGAUAACAAGGCUGAUAUACUUGGGAACUGGAUAGGAGACGUCUCAACGCAAGACAACAAGGACUUCAAAAUUGAGAACGCGGAUAUGCAGAUUAACCCUGGUCCAGCUGUGGCCGUGCGAUUCUUCGUACAGUUUAACCCUUUAAAUAAAACCCCAAGACUACAAGCGAUAAGACUGAACGGACGAGAGAUUUGUAACGCGAAUACUCCUCAACCAGUUAUCAAUGAUAGACCAGAUGUGAUAGAAAGUAGACCUUCUCAAAGGCCGACUAAUGGGAUUGAAUUGAACACGAAGCCGGUGCAGACUCCACCUCGGGAGUCACCUAGACCUGUGUACCCAAGACCAGGGAGUCAACCUUCACCUUCUAAUAUACCAUCGUCAUCAUCAAACCAGGAUCUGGACAGGCCUAACUACGUGCUGACCACACAGAGACCAGACCGCACAAGGAGACCCGUAAGGAAAAAAUGCGAAAGUGUCUCUUGUUUUUUUUCCAGUAGUCCACCCCGGGACACUGAGUACUGGGACGGUCCCGCCGUCAUAGUUCUGCCGGCUCCUGACAAAACUAACACUAAAACACAUGGGGGACAGGCUCAGUGCGGUAAGGUGGUGUUGAACCCAAUCCCAUUGGUGGUCAAUGGAACUCCAACUUUGGAAGGACAGUGGCCGUGGCAGAUAGCUUUGUACCAGACUCAGGUCGGCAACAUAAUAGUCCACCCAGAUUACAAUGCUACAACCUUCAGCCGCGAUGCCGCCAUAUUGGAGCUCAGGGAGACAGUCACAUACAGCGACUGGGUCAGACCUGCCUGUUUGUGGCCAGACUCCGACACAUCCUUGAAAAAUGUCAUCGGGAAAAAGGGAUCGUUAAGCCUAGUCGAGAUGCCGGUAGUCAGCCAGGAGACUUGCAUCAGGUCGUACAGCGAAUUCUUCGUGCGAUUCACUUCCGAGUAUACUUACUGCGCUGGAUACAGAGACGGACACUUCAAUGAACAAACCGGAGUUAGGGAAAGUACUUCAGUCUGCAACGGCGACAGCGGUGGCGGCAUGGUGUUCAGGAUGGGAGGCACGUGGUACCUUCGUGGUCUCGUCUCCUUGUCGGUAGCCAGGCAGAACGAGUACCGUUGCGAUCCGUCCCAUUACGUCAUAUUUACAGACUUAGCCAAAUUCUUGCCAUGGAUCUACCAGAAUGUUUAUGAUUUUUGAUCUUGUAACGUUUUUGAAGACUAAUUUUGUUUACGAAGCGAAUGCUGCUCUGAUCUUGCGUAGGCUACAAUUUUGCACAACUGUUAUUAUUUGCGCAAGUUGGUAUAUUUGCGCAAUUGAUGUUCUGCGCAGAAAUCGUUUGUUUAAUAACAUCUGUUUUCAUUUUGAUAGGUGAAAAUAGUAUUAUCAUUAAUAACUUAAGAUUUAAGACGAGUUUAAAUCACGCUAUAUCUUAUAUCGCCUGAAUAUUUGCUCAUAAUCAUAGAAAUUGGCGAAAAGAAGAAUCAUUAAUUGAAGCCUCCUGAGAUAACCUAAACAAAGUUAGUCUGCAAAUAAAGCUACGCCAUUUUGAAACGGCAGCCAUUUUCUUUUAGUAUAGGUUAUUUCUUUUUAAAUUUAUUGAUAGCAGACGAAUUUAUAAUACGUAAGAAGAAAUGUUAGGAAUAAUUUAUAGAUUUGACAAUAAUGGCAAAAAUAACUUAAGUAAGAAUAAGUAAAACUUGGAGUUUAAAAGGACGUAAAGACAUAAAAUAUAAUGUAAAUGUUGUUACGACUUUUUGAUCUCAAUUAAUCGAUGUUGUCACAGUAAAAAAGUCAUAUCAUUUUUGACUCUUGAAAUGUUAUCAUCACCUUAAUAUUUAAAAGCUACUCUUGUUUUGUUUCUUACGUCUUUCUACAUCUUUUAAAAUACAAAAAGAAAAGAGAUAGAAAGACGAAAACAAUAGAGUAGUUUUCAAGUAGGUAUAUUAGUGCAAAAAGAAUGGAGUUAACCGUUACAUUUGAAUAUGGCAUUAGUAUUCAAGAUGUUAAAGUACAAUUUACUGGAAAAUCUUGACAUGUAGUGUAAUUCCUCCUUUAAAGGUAUUGUGCGCUAGCGAGAGCGAUAAUGACAAUUUAAUUAACGUAAUAUCCUAAGUACCUUAUUAGGGCUUUGACAUAGGUACGAAAUGCUACCUUAUUGUAUCAACAUAAAGCCUAUUUUAUUUAAAUCACAAGAAAAUGUUUUUCUCUUUAUAGAAUUAGUAAUGUCCAACAAAAUGCAUAAUACUGUAGUUUUGAUAUUAAAAUAUUGUAUUUAUUUAGACUGAUAAUUAUAAUUAUGAACAAUCAAUACAUUCCAAUUAUAC